AUGGCUGGCCUAUUUCGUCUGCUCAAGAUGCAGUACACUCCUCCCACAGAUCCUCAGGGCAUCUCUUUCGCUGGAAAGACCGUUCUGUUGACGGGUGCCACCUCCGGUCUCGGGUUCGAAGCCGCCGUGAAAAUCCUCAAUCUCGGAGUCGAGUCUCUGAUCAUUGGGAGUCGCAGCGUGGAGCGGGGUAGCAAGGCUAAGGCCGAGAUUGAGAAGUUGACCAACCGACGCGAUGUUAUCAAAGUGUGGGAACUCGAAUUGAAUAACUUCGCCAGUGUUAAGAAGUUCGCCGAGCGUGCCAAUACCGAGUUGCAGCGUCUGGAUAUUGCCUUGCUGAACGCCGGGCUGUGGAACCGCGACUUCAACAAAUCUCCCGAAGGCUGGGAGGAGACCUUGCAGGUCAAUACACUGUCCACCUCUCUGCUGGCCCUGCUUCUGCUGCCCAAGCUGAAGAGUAGCGCCUAUGACGCCAACCCCUCGCAUCUAACUGUGGUCUCCAGCCAGCAAUUUGUUCGCGUUCAGGCUGAGAGUGUGCGUACCGACGCCCUGCUGUUGGAAUACCUGAACAACCCCGAGAAUUUCAAGGGACCCAAACAAUAUGGCAUCUCAAAGCUAUUGCUCGAGAUUGUCAUGAAGCGUAUUGCCACCUAUGUCCGCAAUACUGAUGGGACCCACCCCAUCAUCGUCAACACUGUGAGCCCCGGUCUGUGCGCGACAGGCCUGGGUCGCCAGUAUGACAAGUGGUACGAACAGUGCAUCGUGUGGAUUUUGUUCAAGCUGUUCGCUCGGACCACUGAGCAGGGUAGUCGCUCGCUUGUUAGCGCGACCUACCAAGGAGUUGAGUCCCAGGGCAAGUGCUGGCGUAGUGAUGGCUAUCUCGAUGAGUCGACUGCCCUGACCUCGUUGGCAGAGGGCGUAGAACUCCAGGAAAAGGCCUGGAAGGAGAUCAUCGACGUGUUGGGUGAACAGGCGCCCGAGGUGGACCUUGCAUUUGGGGGAAUCUAA